AUGUCCCUCUCCCGCGGGCCCUCCCCGAGCCGGAGGCUCAUCCUUGUGGCACGCGGGGUGCUGAUCCCCUGGAAUGGGACGGCGCUGCUCCAGGGCCCCCCGGGCCAGCUCCUGGCCUGCGCAGACCUGGCCCCCUCUGGGGGCGUCUGGCCCUGGAUGGAGGCGAUGCCCAGCGAGGAGGGUGAGGAGGACCCUGGCCGGCCACACGUCCUCACCCCUGCCUUUCCCCCAGGUUCCAUGUAUGACGGCCUCGCUGACAAUUACAACUACGGCACCGGCACCACCAACCGGAGCAGCUACUACUCCAAGCUGCAGGCGGGCAGCGGCUCGUGGGGCUACCCGCUCUACAAUGGGACCCUCAAGCGGGAAGCCGACAACCGGCGCUUCAGCUCCUACAGCCAGAUGGAGAACUGGGGCCGCCCCCUCGCGCCGUGCCAGCUUGGAUGUGCAAAGAUGACGUCCCAACCCCUGCCCCAGGGCCCCUGUAACCACCCCACGGCCACUCCCCACAGGAUCUGCAGUGAGGACAUUGAGUGCAGCGGGCUGACCAUCCCCAAGGCCGUGCAGUACCUGUGCUCCCAGGACGAGAAGUACCAGGCCAUCGGGGCCUACUACAUCCAGCACACCUGCUUCCAGGACGAGUCGGCCAAGCAGCAGGUCUAUCAGCUGGGCGGCAUCAGCAAGCUGGUGGACCUCCUCCGCAGCCCCAACCAGAACGUGCAGCAGGCCGCGGCCGGGGCCCUGCGCAACCUGGUGUUCCGGAGCGCCACCAACAAGCUGGAGACCCGCCGGCAGGGCGGCAUCCGCGCCAGCUUAGGCUCGGUGGCCAGAGCAGGCUGAGGGGGGCCCCCCCCUCUCCUGAGCCGGCAUGUGAUGGGGCCACUGUCCCCACCCCCAGGGCUGCUCUGGAACCUGUCCUCCACGGACGAGCUGAAGGAGGAGCUCAUCUCGGACGCCCUGCCCGUGCUGGCCGACCGCGUCAUCAUCCCCUUCUCCGGCUGGGGCGACGGCAACAGCAACCUGUCCCGGGAGCUGGUGGACCCCGAGGUCUUCUUCAACGCCACCGGCUGCCUGAGGUGCCGCUGCGACGACAAGUCCGUGGAGAACUGCAUGUGUGUCCUCCACAACCUCUCGUACCGCCUGGAUGCCGAGGUGCCCACCCGCUACCGCCAGCUGGAGUACAACGCCCGCAACACCUACACCGAGAAGUCCUCCACGGGCUGCUUCAGCAACAAGAGCGACAAGAUGAUGAACAACAACUACGACUGCCCCCUCCCCGAGGAGGAGACCAACCCCAAGGGCAGCAGCUGGCUGUACCAUUCGGACGCCAUCCGCACCUACCUGAACCUCAUGGGCAAGAGCAAGAAGGACGCCACCCUGGAGGCCUGUGCGGGGGCCCUGCCGGGCCUCACUGGGUCCUCUGUCCAGAUGUCCAGCGGCAUGAGCCAGCUGAUCGGGCUCAAGGAGAAAGGGCUGCCCCAGAUCGCGCGCCUGCUGCAGUCGGGCAACUCGGACGUGGUGCGCUCUGGCGCCUCCCUGCUCAGCAAAACGACACGACCCCGCGGAGGAGACCUCGGCCCGGCCGGAGGGUUGUUCUGCCCACCUGUGCAGUAUUUGGAAAAGUUCAAGCAACUGAGAGCAAAACCUGGAAACUGUGGAAGACGGAGAGAUUUUUAG